AUGGUCUUACUCGCUGCAUCAAUCUGUACUAAAGCAGGCAAACCACUUAUUUCUCGACAAUUUGUGGAAAUGUCUCGAUCACGUAUUGAAGGUUUACUUGCUUCAUUUCCAAAAUUAAUUGGUGCUGGUAAACAACAUACAUUUGUUGAAACUGAUACUGUUCGUUAUGUUUAUCAACCAUUUGAUAAACUUUAUAUGGUUUUAUUAACUACAAAAACUAGCAAUAUACUUGAAGAUCUUGAAACACUAAGACUUUUUUCUCGAGUGAUUCCAGAAUAUUGUAAAACAGUUGAUGAAAAAGAAAUUUUUGAACAUGCUUUUGAAUUAUUAGCUGCAUUUGAUGAAAUUGUUGCAUUAGGUUAUAAAGAAAAUGUUAAUUUAGCACAAAUUCGUACUUAUACUGAAAUGGAUUCUCAUGAUGAACGUGUUCAUGAUGCAAUGAGAUUGUGUCAAGAACGUGAAGCAAAAGAUCGAAUGAAACAAAGAGCUAAAGAACUUGAUUUACAAAAACGUGCUCAACGUGGUGGUCCUGGAGCAAAAUCUCAUGGUAUAUCAUCAGAAAUGUAUAGAAGUUCAUCAAUAGAUAAUAAACCUGAUGUAACACCAACACCAGUCAGUUAUUCAUCUAAUCCUUCAUCAUCAGCUAUUCGUCCAAGUACAACAGGCAAAGCAAUGAAAUUAGGAACAAAAGGAAAAAAUGUCGAAUCAUUUGUUGAUCAACUUAAAUCGGAAGGUGAAAACGUUGCAAAUACUGUUCCAGUAUUAACAGGCGCUGGUGGAUCAACUAAUAAACCUAAAACACAAAGUGUAUCGUUACCAGACAAUGAAAAAGGAGAUGUUCAUUUAAAACAAGAAGAAAAAAUAACUGUAUCUUGUACUCGUGAUGGUGGCGUAGAAAAUUUAGAAGUACAUGGUAUGAUUAUGUUACGUGUUAAAUCAGAAGAGUAUGGACGUAUUAUUGUGGCUGUUAAUAAUAAAGAAACUCGAAAUAUUCAAUUACAAACACAUCCAAAUAUUGAUAAAAAACUAUUUACAAAUGAAAAUUUAAUUGGUUUAAAAAAUUCUGAUAGACCAUUUCCAGCUAAUCAAGAAGUUGGUGUACUUAAAUGGCGUUAUCAAUCAACUGAUUCAAGAGAAAUUCCACUUACAAUUAAUUGUUGGCCAAAUGAAACACCAAAUGGUGGUUGUGAUGUUAAUAUUGAAUAUGAAUUACAAAAUACAAAUCUCGUCUUAAAAGAUGUUCAAAUAAGUGUACCAUUACCGGGUGGUGGUCAAACACCUGUUAUUGGAAAAAUCGAUGGAGAUUAUCAAUUUGAUAGUCGUAAAACAACUUUAAUAUGGUCUUUAGGUGUUAUUGAUCAGUCAAAUUCUGAAGGUGCAUUAGAAUUUUCUGUUCGAGGAAAACCUGCUGAUUUUUUUCCAAUUCAAGUAGAUUUUACUGCAGAAACACCUUUUUGUGAUAUUAAAAUUGCUGAUGUUAAAACAGUUGAUACUCGUAAAUCAGCAGCAUAUUCACAUGAAACGAAUCUCAUUGUCGAUAAAUAUGAAUAUGUUUAA